AUGCGGCUCUUAGAUGUAAAAGCUGUUCUUGACAUGGAAAAGGGCAUCCAAGGAGUUGGACCCCACACUCAAGUCUUCAGGGAACUUGAUGACAAGUCUGAAAAAUAUGCGAUACUGUCACAUCGUUGGGGAGAGGAGCUCAACUAUGAUGAAAUGACUAGGUUCAUGGAGAUGGGCGAGCACUACAAGAACGAAGUCAGGCAGCGUGCUGGCUACGAGAAGAUCAUCAAAAGUUGCAAACUGGCCCUGCAAGACGGCUACAGGUGGAUUUGGAUCGAUACGUGUUGCAUCGACAAACGCAGCAGUUCUGAACUGUCAGAAGCCAUCAAUUCCAUGUAUCGGUGGUACCGUAAAUCGCAGAAAUGCUAUGUGUACCUCAACGAUGUCGGCGGACGCCUUCUUUCCCAACGAACGAGACUUGAGCAAAACUCAUCGCUCCGAAACAAGUCGAAUUCUUCAACAAGGACUGGGUUUUCAUUGGUUCCAAGCAGAACCUCGCAGACACGUUGGAGAGAAAUUACCCGAAUUCCUAUCGAUGUUUUGAAGGACGGCCGGAUUCCAAGGCGUGAAGACCGGGCAUAUUCCCUGCUGGGACUGUUUGGCGUGAAUAUGCCGAUAUUGUACGGGGAGGGCGCAAAAGCAUUCCAUCGCUUGCAGUUGGAAAUCAUCCGGGCAUCCGGCGACCAAAGUAUAUUCGCAUGGAAUCCCAAGGGACAGUUUGGCUGGGUUGGCAGUGUCCUCGCAGGUGACCCAGGAUGCCUGACUUCGGCAGCAACCUCGCAGUGUCUGAGGUCACGCGGUCGUGCCUUUCGCCAGCAGCUUUCCGUAUUCCUUGUCACCAAUGUUGGCAUUCAAGUUCGCUUACCCGUCAUACCCCAUCGCGACUCUGAGUCGGUUUUCAGAGCGAUAUUGGCCUGUCGAGACUACUAUGGAAACUUGAUCACCAUCGACUUGAAAUCCCUCGAGCUUAGCUCCUACAGGAUUGCCGCUGCUAGACGCUUUCGGCACUCGCGUUCAGAGCUCAGGACUCUCUAUCUCGCUUCCUCGGUUCCAGAUUUCGAGGAGUAUCAUCAUUUCAAAGUCGACGAUACGCACGCCUUAUACCACGGUUUCACCCGUCACGGCGUCUUCCCGGACGACUUCACAGGCGAUACUUUCACAUUCUCAUCCCUCACAAGUGAUUUCGUUGUCAUAGUCUAUGCCAACGACGAUACCAGUUCUCGCUUUGCAGUUGGACUUGGACACUACCUCGGUAGACCGCUGGUGUAUGUUGCCUGUGAAAAGCCCGCGAAUGGUGAGGUCCCGUGGACAGACUUCUGCAAGAAAGUGUAUGAUACGCUCUGGGUUGCCCCUGUUGAACAGCGCUCUGACAGCGGAGUCAAGUGCGCUCACCUUCCGCAAUCAAUUUGGGAUGCUCGGGUCGUCUGGUACACUGGGAACGUGCGCACCAACGUGAUGGUUGACGUCGGGCAAUGCCCCGGUUGUUGUAUUGGACCACGCGAAUGCACGACUGCGUCUGAUGAUCGAGAUGGUCUCGACAUGCCGGGGUUCAUGAAGACAGUUCACAAUGUUCGCGGGUUGAAGCUAGAUGGGAAGAACGUUUGGCUUUACGAGUGUUCUGAUCAAAUGAUUGCGCUGGGUGACUAUGGCGACUAUUCCAAUGGCAAUUUCAAACCUGACGGCAACAUAUUCGAGAAUAUGCGCACACUUGGUAUCGAUCCUGCGGAUCCAGCUUACCGCUCAGUAGUCUCCUACGUAUCCGGUGGUGCGAACGUAUCGGAUCGCGAGCAGGGUCAGCAUGGUUCUGCAGUCGAGUUUCGCCUUCAGGGGGAAUACCUGACACUUCAUUCACCGAACGGUCUCUCCCUUCCGAACAAUCAACAGCUCGUAUUGCUGCUGAAAGCUUUGUCCACGCGUCUUGCAGGCAGACAUCUGGUGACAACAAUCAUACAAUGUUCGGAUCUUCACACAGGCAAUGGAGAGAAGAGAACGGGGAAGAUUCGGAAGGCGGUCGGCGAGAUAACAUUCUUCAAAGAACUCCGCUCAGUGACGGAAACACGGUCACGGUAUAGCAGCACAUUCAUUCGGAAUACUAACAUUGCAUCUUCAAGAAGUCUGUCGGCACGCCCAGCGACAUCAUUGUGGACUUCUUUCAAAUCCAGGGCAGCGCAGAACCCACGCGUUGAAAUUGUAGCACCUCCCUUACUCGAGAAAUGCAAAGCUUUUGGUCCGCUGGUUAACUUUCGUCGAUAUCUCGUUGCGAAGCAACAGGCGCGGUGUCAAGUAAAGUCCAUGUCACAAACAUUGGGCGUCGGGUUACUCGAGCACAUCUAUACUGCCAUCCUUUAUGCACAUGGCAUCGGCGAUGCUGGUUGUGCGAGGCGGGUAGACAUCCAUAUCACGCUACUAGAGAUAAAGGCGCUCCAAACGAAACUCGAUGCAACGGAUGACGAAGAUGAACAGCGGGCACUGGAGGAGGACGUGACAGGAAUGAUCUUAUGGUUUUCUUGGUGUGGGAUCCUUUCAGAAGUUGUGAAUUACAUUCGGAGGGAAAGAGAUUCGAAGACACCGGAUGGUGGUGACCGUUUCCGCCAAGGAUUGCGUGAAAUCGCGGAUAUCAUUAAAAAAACAACACAGUAUGAUGACCAUGAUGAUGAUCUAGGUCACUUGAAGCGGAUCAUGUUUGAUGCAAGUACAGGUGUGUCAAAACAGAGGUUAUGGCUUGCUGCACGAGCUGCAGAGAAAGCCAAGUGGUCGAGUAUUCCCACCGCUCUGCGCACCUGUGACCAGUCCAAACAACCUGAGAUGACAUGCUCUGACUAA